ACCGCUUACCAUAUAAACCCUCGUCCUCAACUCUCAACACGUCUUUAACCUAAAUCGCCGAACCGAUUCAUUCCUCUCUCUUCGCAAUUUCAUUCGACGCAUUCUCAUGGCUUUGCCGGACCAGAAGACUGUUGAUUAUCCGAGUUUCAAGCUUGUGAUUGUUGGUGAUGGUGGUACUGGAAAAACAACUUUUGUGAAAAGGCAUAUCACCGGGGAGUUUGAAAAGAAAUACGAACCAACCAUUGGCGUGGAAGUGCACCCUUUGGACUUCUUCACAAACUGUGGAAAGAUCAGAUUUUACUGCUGGGACACUGCCGGGCAGGAGAAGUUCGGUGGUUUACGGGAUGGCUACUACAUCCAUGGGCAAUGUGCAAUCAUCAUGUUUGAUGUUACUGCCAGAUUGACUUACAAAAACGUUCCUACAUGGCACCGUGAUCUUUGCAGGGUGUGCGAGAAUAUUCCAAUUGUUCUUUGUGGAAACAAGGUCGAUGUGAAAAAUAGGCAGGUGAAGGCCAAGCAAGUCACAUUCCACAGGAAGAAGAACCUACAGUACUAUGAAAUAUCUGCGAAGAGUAACUACAACUUUGAGAAACCAUUCCUUUACUUGGCCAGGAAGUUAGCUGGGGAUGCUAACAUUCAUUUCGUGGAGUCUCCAGCUCUGGCUCCUCCUGAAGUACACAUUGACUUGGCCGCCCAGCAACAGCAUGAAGCUGAAUUAGCAGCAGCUGCCAGCCAACCUCUUCCCGAUGACGAUGAUGAUGCUUUUGAGUAAAAAUGGUCAAAAUCAUCUGGUGAAAUGAUGCCCUUUGCAUAUUUGUUUUCUCCUUGGACCCCCGAGUGAGAUUUUUUCUCCUCGCUGGGAUUAACAGAAGAGAAGGAAAUAGCUGGGAUGGCAGGGUGUUACCGAGGAUUGAAACUUGAAUUUUUGAAAACGGUAGUUUUCCUCUCCGGGAUGAAAGAAAUUUGUGGUGUAGAUGGAUGGUUUCUGUUGAGAUUAUCGAUUAAUAGAGCCACAUGACUUUUGAUGACUCUUCAUUUUUCAGAAUUUAUCUAUCGAAUGCUUCACUAUUUUAUUUGUAUUCAAUGCGUUUCCUCA